GCCAAAACUGUUGGUUGAAGCUUAUUAUCUGAUAUAAAAUUUGUGACUCACGGAUUCACAGAAUCUCUCCUCAUUUUCCUCUCAACAUUUUGAAUUUUAUUCAUAAUGAGCAAAGUUUGUUUUAAACACUCAAAUCCAAGAGACAGUACCUCUGUGGACUUACAAAUAUGAGUUCUGCAAUAACAAUGCAACGUUGUGGGAUAAGUAUCAAUUCAGAGUCUCUAGUAUUAAUCUAUAAAAGAGGCCUGAAAACAAGAAAAAGGAGAAUUCGAAUUUCUAUGCUUCAAAAUUCAUCGGUCAUUGAGACAUUUAAGGCAUUACGAGCGAACGAGCGUCAUAAAAAGUUCAUAAAUCUUAUUCCUAAGACACAGCUUUUACGACUAUUGACGAUUUUCAAAGAUUUGUGUAGCGGAAUGAAUCUUGAAGACUCUUUGAACAGAAGAAAGGAAACAGAUUAUAUUCGAAGUGAUGAAGACUCCAACAGUGUUGAUUAUAAUGUCUUGGAAGGAAAGAAAACUGUUAUGAAUAAUUCGUCCGAACGGAACGAAAUGCUGCCCACAAAACACGAUUUUACUUAUGAUGAAGAAAUGGACCUUCCUGAGGAACAAAUUGAAUCUUAUUCAUGGGAUUCUGAUGAAUGUGAAUUUUAAAUUUCAUGUGUUUUAGGUUUGUUGUGUUUAGUGAAAAUAACUGUAUAUAAGUUAAAUUGUAUAUGACCCAAAUAAAGUGAAAACAUUUUAAUUGCUAUGUCUAGAUUCAGUAUUGUACUCCUGAAUACAUGAACUAAAGAUACGAUGACAUUUAAAUGGUUUUAAUAUGGUGUAUCUAAACUUUAUUUGUAAGAUUAUUUUGAUUAAAAAUAUCCAAGAAAAGGUGUGACAGAAAUGUACAGAGAGAAUAAACAAAAUACUCAUUAGUAAUAUAUUGAAUUUAUUGAUUAUUCGCCGAUUAUUAAUUUGAAUCCAUUAUUAAAUGUUAUUGUGUAUUGUUUAGAAUGUUUUUCAUUGAUUUCUUUAGAACUUAUUAUUGUUAAUAACAUUUGAAUGUAAAUUCAUGAUUUUUUAUUGACUUUCUGCCUUAUUAAAUAAUUCCGUAUAAAUGUAUUUUUGCUGACGACAAAUACAAAAUAUUAUAAAAUAAUAAGGAAAUAAAACAUUUGAU